CGAUAUUGAUAAACUUUUGUUUCGACGUGUUUCUUUCUCACGUUUUAUGUACGAAUAUGAUUAUUCGUAUAGUUAUAUACACUUUGACUUUUAUUGGCAAAAGACAAUUUGUUCUACUCCGCUAGUGCUCCUAUUCAAAGUAUUCUGUUAACAUGUUUUGUCGUAAUCGCGAUUUUAAUAUCGUUGACUCAAGAAUAAGUACAUUGGAUAUGGUAAAACCUGCUGAUCGUUAGAAUGGGAUUACAUGCCAGUAUGACAAUGGAUAAAAUGAGAAUAUACGAUCUUGUACAACAGGUAAUGGUUAAAAAAUUAUUAUCUAAUUUACAAUGGAUAUCAACAAUGGACAUUCAUCCAGAGCUAAUGAUAGGGCGCUAAUUGUGUCUUAUGGAAUGGUGUACAAUGAUCUGCUACAAAAUCCGUUAAUUGUGCCACUGAAAAGAUUGUGUAAUCAUGAGUCAUAUAAUGAUUUUGGCAUUUUGGACGUCACGUUUCAUCCUAUUGAACUGUGGGUAUUUUCCGCUGACGCAGACUUUAUUGUAUGAAUGUAGUAAUGUAUACAUAAAUAAGUACAUACAAAUGUUUAGAACAUCUACAGGUAUUGCCGUUGUAAGAAAAAAAUUAUUCUAUUACAUUUUGCCCCAAUUUGAUGUAAUAUAGGUACAUAAAAUACAUGUUAUCUAUUUUUUUA